CCCAUUAUUUGCACCUGCACUAUAUUCUCAAAACACGGUUUUUUUUUGCCUUUGCGUCUAUAGCGAGCUGCUGGUUGACGGAAACAAACUGACUGCAGAUGUCUCCUAUGUGUGUUUAGGAACCAGCAGAACCAAUCGCGUUACUUUCACUUCUCUACGCAAUCCACGAUCACGCGAGGCGGGGCUUAGCACAAAAAGAAAGCCUGUCAUUGGCUUAGGCAAUACGAAGGAGGCUGUGAUUGGAGGGUUCUCCUGUCAAUUGCGCUGCUCGCUGACUGGUGUUGAAAUGUGGCGGGCAGCAAUAUGAAGUCAUGAAGAUGUCUCAUAAUAUGUAAAGACACCCAGAAGAACCCUGAUGUGAAGGACAUAUGUGUAUGUUGAUGGGUUUUCUAGCCAUCUGGGAGUCAUGGUGAUCUUGAGAGAAGGGAUCUGCCCUGGAAUAAACGAGGAAUUCAUUAAGGCCUUACAGUCAGAGGAUAUCAAAACAGGUGUUGACAAUGAUCAUCAAAUAGCAACAUUUGAGGACUUUGUCUCAUGUAACCCAGAAGAACUUGCACAAAAGUGUUCAUUGUCUUACAAGGCUCUAGUAGCUGUUCGACGUGUGCUCUUGGCUCAAUACACAGCUUUUCCCGUCUCUGGAGCUGAUCUCUAUGAGGAACUCUUGAGCGCCACAGCAAUCUUGUCCACUGGCAAUCCCAGUUUGGAUAAGCUGUUGGAUUCUGGGCUCUACACGGGGGAAAUAACUGAGCUGACAGGAAGUCCAGGGAGUGGGAAAACACAGGUGUGUUUUAGUGUUGCAGUGAAUAUAUCCCACCAGCUGAAGCAGACAGUGUUUUACAUCGACACAAAGAGUGGUAUGUGUGCGAACCGACUGCUUCAGAUGCUACAAACCAAGACCCCCAAUAUGGAGGAGCAGAUGGAGGCACUUCAGAAAAUCAAGGUGUUCAGAGUAUUCGAUGUCUUCUCUUUGCUCGCAUGUCUUCAACAUCUGAGAUCAAAUGAUCUUCAGAAGGCGUCUAUCGGAGGUGGUUCAGUCAAAGCGCUGAUGGUGGAUUCGGUCUCUGCUGUGCUCUCAUCCAUGCUCGGAGGGAAACAGAAUGAGGGUAUGUCUUUGCUGAUGCAAGUUGCUGGGGAGCUGAAGAUGAUCGCCAAAGACUUCAACAUUGCUGUGCUGGUGACAAACCAUGUGACCAGAGAUGGGAAUGGGCAUUUGAAGGCUGGACUGGGACAGUCAUGGAGUCAUGUGCCACGCACACGUGUGCUCCUGCAGAGAGUGGAGGACGCUGAGACUUCAUCCUUACGAACCGCAACUCUGACCAAAUCAUCACGACAGGCUUGUCAUCUGGUAGAGGAGUUUGAUCUUUGUCACUGGUCUGAAGAGAAGAGAACCUCCAUUUCAGGCAAGAGGAAACUAGAGGAAAGAAGUAAACCUUGACAAAAACAAAAAUCCACUGUUUUCAGUGACAACACAAAUGGCUGGUCUUAUUUGAUUUCAAACAGACUAUGUAGGAGGUCUAUUUAGAGUCAGUGUAAAUAUGUAUAAUAUUUCUACAAACAAUUUCUGUUGUGGUCUUUGACAAGUGUUAAGACAUGUUAUUUCUUUGAAUGAAUUUUUUUGUAUAUGUACUGUUUAAUCAAGUCAAAAUGACCUUGCAUUCUUUUUUCUAAAAAAAAACAUUUGCAUAAUGUUGGCAUCUUAUAUAUUAAAUGAAAUUGAGAAAAAAAAACAGAUUCAUUGUCCUCGGUACCACCAGUAAAACUGCACAUUAGUGACCAUUUUCAAUGGAAAAACUAAAUCCAUUUUUGCAUUAAUUCUGCAACUCACCUCUGUGUGUCAGUAUAACUCCAAAAAUAACUGAUUAGACAAGAGACUCAUAAAAAGACACUCAUACAAUCACUCAUGUUGGAGAACAGAACUGCUGUUCCCUGUUGUGUGCUCACACUUCAGGUACAAAUCAAUUUCUUUGUGCAUAAAAGGCUUGUUUUAAUUAGAAUGUUGAAAUUCUACACAACUACCAUUACUAAGCUAGAGGGCUCUUACCCAAUUAACUCUACACAAUUAUUCAUUCCACAAUCAUGCCUUAUGGCUGUUACUAUUGUAUUGUUGAUUACUCAUCCUGUGCCCAAGAGCAUACUCCAUACAAACAUCCCUUUCAAAACAGAUAAAUGACACCUCAUCAUGAAGUCAUCAAAAUCAUUAGUUAUCGACCUCUGAAGAAUAAGCUUAUAAUAUGAGUGGCAGCAUUGGCCAAUGACACCAAGGUUUAAAAUGAUAAAUAUAGGAAUUCAUAAUGAGAAAUAAAUGUCAAAACCAACAAAAUUGAAAACAGAUAGCUUUCUAGUACAAUGUGUGUAAUACCACAAUGUGGUAAAGCUAA